UGAACCAUACUUCAUUUUUCGCUCGUAUAGUCGUCGUAGAAGAGUGCAGCAGAAACAGAAGAGGAGGAUAUGAUCUCCUGCGAUUUGUAAAACAGUCAUCGUCACGUUUAAGGAGGUGGGUUUCUACUUAUUUGUUUUUAGUCAGUAUUAAUAAUGGAGGUGGUGAUAGCGUCGUCUCCCGUCGACGCUGGGAUUGGUUGCUGGGACUUGCAUUCGGGCGCAGAACAGCUCCGUUACCGAUCAUGCACCUCUACUCCUCACGGCCUAGCUUGCGUUGGUCAACGCUUUCUUGCCUCUUCCCAGCUUCGAGACUCCUCUUCGUCAUCGGGCUCCAUUCUCUACUGGUCCUGGAGCAAGCCUCAAGUUGAAGUUAAAAGUUUUCCUGCUGAGCCAAUCCACCCACUUGUUUCCAAUAGUGAUGGGAUGUAUAUUAUUGGAGGAGGUUCAUCCGGGGCAAUUUACUUUUGGGAGGUUGCAAGUGGCAGACUUCUUAAGAGGUGGCAUGCUCAUUACAGGGCUGUUACUUGCUUAUUUUUGUCCGAUGAUGAAUCCCUUUUGGUUUCUGGGGCAGAGGAUGGGUGUAUCAGAGUCUGGUCUCUUUUCAUGGUUUUUGAUGAUAUCGGAAUGGAAAUGGCAAAAAACCCAUAUGAAUAUAGUUUCUCUGAGCACACUCUGCGUGUGACUGAUAUGGUUUCUGGUUAUGGAGGAUGUAAUGCAAUCAUUGUAUCUGCUUCUGAGGAUCGAACAUGUAAGGUUUGGAGCCUAUCCAGGGGAAAAUUAUUGAGAUCGAUUGAUUUCCCUUCUAUUAUUGAAGCAGUUGCACUAGAUCCUGGUGAACAUGUAUUCUAUGCUGGUGCUAGGGAUGGGAAGAUAUAUAUUGCUUCUAUUAAUGCUGAAACCACUUCCAGCAACAGUUAUGGAAAGCAUAUCAUUGGCACAUUAUCUGAUAACAGCAAGGGUGUUACUUGCUUAGCAUUCAGCAAGGAUGGAAUCCUUUUAGUUUCUGGAUCAGAGGAUGGCACAAUUCGAGUUUGGGAUGCUAAAACCCAUAACAUUGUUCGAAUUUAUAGACUUGCCAAAGGUCCUGUGAACAAUGUUCUUGUUGUUAGACGACCCCUCUACUCGAAUCGUCAGACAUCAGAAAAUUCACAUUCUUCCUUUUCUAGAAGGCAUGCUCCACUGUUGCCACCGCCACUGGGAAAAUAUGUAAACUCGACAGAUGAAAAUGUUGAUUCAGGGGCUGUUUCUGUACCUCAGACACCCAGCAGUGACAUAAUGGAUGCUCCAUAUCUCAGUUAUCAUGUUCUGACGAAGCAAAUCAGUGAACUUCAGCAACAGAGUUCUGCUGCCACUGGAAUGGAGGUGGAUAGGUUGAAUCUUGACUGCAAAAGAUCAGUGGAAAUAGUACAAAAAUGGAAGGAAAUGUUUGCAUACCUUCAUAAAUUUUGUGUAGACGAGCUUUUGGGCAAUGAUCAAACACAGACACAGUGAAAAUCUCCCUUAUACAACUGGCCACUAGAAGUUGAGAAUUAGGUACGGUAAAUGAAUGCUUUUUCUGACUUGAGGAUUGCUUAUUUAAGGCAUUAUGAAAAUCAUUAUAACUUUUAUGGUUUAGAUUUGUGCAAAUUAUAUGUUCCAUCUUUUUUUUUUA